UCGCGUUUCUCUGGCGUCACUUCCUGUCAGUGGAAAAAAGACGUCAUCUUACAGGCUAAACAACUGCAAUGUCGUGGAUUCGAGAGCGGGAGUUAUCCAUUAUAGAAAGACUCACUGCCAACAUCCUGAGGGCAGGGCCCAUGCCUAAACAUGUGGCCUUUAUCAUGGACGGUAAUAGGCGUUACGCCCAGAAGACGCAUGUGGAGCGGCAGGAGGGCCACUCACAGGGCUUUGAAAAACUGGCGGAGACGCUCCGCUGGUGCCUGAACCUGGGUAUUCAUGAGGUGACCGUAUAUGCAUUCAGCAUUGAGAACUUCAAGCGUGCCAAACAAGAGGUGGAUGGCUUGAUGGAGCUGGCCAGACAGAAGUUCAGCCGCUUGCUGGAAGAGCAGGAGAAUCUCGAGAAGCAUGGUGUGUGUAUUCGUGUGCUGGGAGACCUGACUCUACUACCUGAAGAUCUGCAGCAGGCUAUUGCCAAAUCUGUGGUGUCAACUAGAGCACACAACAAGUGUUUUCUGAAUGUGUGCUUUGCGUACACCUCAAGACACGAAAUCGCAAAUGCUGUGAAGGAAAUGGCAUGGGGAGUGGAGCAGGGCCUGAUCAAAUCCAGUGAUGUGUCCGAGGUGCUUCUCAGCGAGUGUCUGUAUAGCCGUCAUUCUCCAGACCCCGAUCUGCUCAUCCGUACGUCUGGAGAAGUGCGCCUCAGUGACUUCCUACUGUGGCAGACCUCAUAUUCGUGUCUAGUGUUCCAGUCGGUCUUGUGGCCAGAAUACUCUUUCUGGAAUCUGUGUGAAGCUGUUUUGCAGUACCAGCUGAGUCAUCGAUCUCUCAAGAAAGCUCAGGAGCUGCACAGAGAAAGCCAAGCGCUUCAGCAGAUGGAAGCAGAUCGCACCUGUGUGACUGAGAUCCUGCAGCAUCGUGGGAAUGGAAAGCCCAUGGACGGCCAGAGUCGACAGACCGCUCUGCUGAACUACACCGCCAGCCGAGAGGAGAGGGUCCGCUGCUUUCUGAACGCCCUUCAGCACAAGAGAGACACUUUCUUCAAUGAUUUAUGCAGCCAGGCUGUCGUGGCUUAGCACUGAACUUUUUUUAUUUACUGUCAUAUUUCAUCUGUAAAGUCAUCUGUAAAUACUUCACAUCUGGAAGGAUGUUUCACCCCGUUUUAUGGGGAAGUGGCUAUGUAUGUUUGUCAAUAGAAUUUAUCUGAAAUCUUAAAAUAAAUUCACUUUGAUUGAC